AUGGCGUUGGACGGAAAAGCAAUCAAGGAAGAAAUACCCGACAAGGACACUUACGAGACCAGUGCCCGUAAACUGAAAGGCAAGGAACAAUGCCGCACACCGGACUCACCGGAAGGAGCCCGAGUUGUGGCACCGCGCUCACCCAUCUCGCCCCACAUCUCGCAGCAUCACAGCACGCUGGUACCGCCGAGGUCGGCCUCGUCACAAGUCAAUCGCCACGGGAGCUCGUCGCCAACCGGCACUGUCAAUGGCAGCGGUGGCAGUCUCGGCAGCCUGACGCCACCCCCAGCCAUUACGCCUGCGUCGGCGGCGGCUGUGGCCGCGGCUGCUGCUGCCGCCGCCGCUCAGCAGGACACCGCCAAGCUGCUGAAGAUACGCCGCUUUCUGGGUGCGCUCGUGCAGUUUGGGCAGGACGCGAACGUCGACACCGGGGAUCGGGUGCGCUCGUUGGUGCUGUCCCUGGCGAGCGGUGCCAUCACGGUGGACGAGUUCCAGCUGGCGGUGCAGGAAGCGACCAAUUUCCCGUUGCGCACCAACGUCGUCCCGUUCCUGAAAUCGCACGUUCCCGUACUGCAGCGUGAGAUCAACAUCCUGGCGCGGUCUAACAAGCAGACCUCCGCUCAAUACGUCCGAUCGAACGAGGGCAGCGUCAUGGAGUACGUUCAGAACCUUGCCGAAACGGCUGAGAUAUUCCUGCCCCACGAGGGGGCCUUUUCGUCCUCGGUGACAGCAGCCGCAGCAGCAGCCGCCGCAGCUGCUGCAGCAGCUGUUGCAAGCGGUGCCACAGCCGGCACUGCAGGUGCAACCGUAAACGGAUUAGGACUGAAACGACGAGCUUCUGACAACUUGUACGACACACAUUCAUCCGGACCACCGGAGUGGGGUGAUUAUGUUCUACCGCCCACGAAGCGUCCACAUCCGUCGCUCUUACUCGCUUCCGGUGCGUCACAGCUCUACCCGACCCAUCCGGCGCUGUUCGAUUAUCAAAAUGGCGGCCUACACCCACAUUCCGACGGCUUGCAUUCCAUCCAUCGGGACGAUCGAGAUUUGAGAGCCGGCUCGACGGAUUCACACCGACCACCAAGAAUCCCACCGGGUGGUGGUAGUGGUGGGGGUGGCAGCAGUGGCGGUGGUGGUAGCGGAAACGGAACCAGCCUGAGUGGAGCCUCGAUGCCGGGAGCUAGUGGCGAAGAGGAGUGGAAAAACAUUCACACGAUGCUUACGUGCAUUUCGGCGAUGGUUGAGAAGACGAAGCGCGCCAUCGCGAUCCUGCAGCAGCGUGGUAUUGAUAAUAGUCACGCACGGGACCAUCAGGACACUUCGAUGGCGGACAUUAAGCGACAGACGGAGGAGAAGAUAUCCGAGUUUCGGCGUACUGCUGAGGAAUCUGUCAAUCAGGUUAAACGUCAAGCCGUGAUGGAGAUCCAACGGGCCGUAGCCGCUGCCGAGGCCAGGACGAUCGAAAUGAUCGCACAAGAGCGACUGAAGAUGGAGAAGAUGUACACGGACAUCCAUCGUACCGGUGCGGACGACACCGAGUCACCGAUGACGAGCGGUAGCCAAAACGCGUGCUGGAACUGCGGACGGAAGGCGAACGAAACGUGCUCCGGGUGCAAUCUGGCUCGGUACUGCGGCUCCUUCUGCCAGCACAAGGACUGGGAUCAACACCACCAGGUUUGUGGCACAUCACGCGCAGAGAACAGCUUCCAGAAGCACACGCAAAGCUCACGCACCUCGAUAGCGUCCCGUUCGACCACGCCUCAGCAGCAGCCGCAGCAGCAGAGCAACAGUACAGCGAACGGUACGGCUUCGGUCGCAAAAUGACGGACUA